AUGACUCUCAGAGGAACGAACGCUUCCUCUCUUCUUCUGUUUUUUCAGACCAUCGUGCGCGGCAGCAUGAUCGGCCACGGCGACUACAUCACGGCCAUGAUCAACGACAUGAGCCGGCUGUCCGUCACCAGCUCCAACUCCCUGAGGAAGCACAGCCCCUCGGCCAGGAAGAGGGCCCAGUCCCUGGGGAGGCUGGGCGAGGUGAGGGAGGGCGACAACUACCAGUACGAGGGCCUCGCCGGGGACGACGAAGAGGACGACGAGGACGACGACGAGGACGACGAUGAGGACGAUGAGGGCCGAGGGCGCGCGUCCCGGGAACGCCGGAGGAGCAGGAACGUCCACAGCGAGAGCAACACGCCCCACAUGGGCAUGAAGAAGAGCGUCACCCUGCAGCCCAACGGCAUCCUGUCCCGGGCCAGGUCCACGUACGAGGUGGGGGUCAGCUCGGCGGAGCGCCCGCCCCCGCCGCCCGUCCAGCCCCAGCCCAUCCACGCGCCCAGCUACGGGGCCUACAUGAGCCCCGAGCUGGGCAGCCCCCCGGGGCGGGUGGUGUGGAGGAGGGACUUCCAGCUGCCGCCCAGGGGCGCCCCCGCGGGUCAGCGGCCCAUCGCGUGCUUCUACAGCCCGGCCAUGGUGCUCCAGCAGCACCCCCGGGGGGACCAGGGCCCCCUGCGCCCCGCAGAGUUCGCCCACCACCCCAACCUGCCGCUUUACACGCCGAGCCACAAGCCGGUGCGGCCGUACUCCUCCUACGACCUGAAGGGGGAGUCCAUCGUGAGGUACCACUCUGGCUUCCUGCCCACGGGCACCAGCAGCCCUCUGGUGAGCGGCGUGCGGCCCCAGCGGGCGGUGCGCUCCUCUGCCAGCUACACCCUGGGACUGUCCCCCAACAUGGGACACCUGCGACCCAACGGGCCCGAGCCCUUCCUCAGGCACUCGGGCUGUCCCACCAACCCCCCGUACCCCAGGCAGGACAGCCCGUCCCAGCCGCGGCCCUCCCCUACGGGCUCCCUGGCCACCAGCCCCCCCGGGGCCUGCUCCCCCGCUUACAGACCCCCGCCCCACCCGUCGCCCCGCCCCCCACCCGACCCGCCCAAGGUGACCCACGAACAGUUCAAGGCGGCGCUGCAGAUGGUGGUGGACCAGGGGGACCCCCGGGCGUACCUGGAGAACUUUGUGAAGAUCGGCGAGGGCUCCACGGGGGUGGUGUGCAUCGCCCGCGAGAAGCACAGCGGCCGGCAGGUGGCGGUGAAGAUGAUGGACCUGCGGCGGCAGCAGAGGAGAGAGCUGCUGUUCAACGAGGUGGUCAUCAUGAGGGACUACCAGCACAGAAAUGUGGUGGAAAUGUUCAAGUCAGCCCUGGUGGAGGAGGAGCUGUGGGUUAUCAUGGAGUACCUGCAAGGUGGCGCACUCACCAACAUUGUGUCUGAAACGAGGCUGAGCGAGGAGCAGAUUGCCACGGUGUGUGAGGCUGUGCUGCAGGCGCUGGCCUACCUUCAUUCACAGGGCGUCAUCCACAGAGACAUCAAGAGUGACUCCAUAUUACUCACAUUAGAUGGCAGGAUCAAGCUGUCGGACUUUGGCUUCUGUGCCCAGAUCAGUAAGGACAUCCCUAAAAGGAAGUCUCUGGUGGGAACACCCUACUGGAUGGCUCCCGAGGUCAUCUCCAAAUCCCCAUAUGGCACUGAGGUGGAUGUGUGGUCUCUGGGCAUCAUGGUGGUGGAGAUGGUGGAUGGGGAACCCCCCUAUUUCAGUGAGACCCCAGUGGCGGCUAUGAAGAGGCUGAGAGACGAGCACGCCCCCACCGUGAGGAACGUCAGCCAGAUCUCCCCAGUGCUGAAGGACUUCCUGGACCGCAUGCUAACCCGGGACCCUAUGGAGCGGGCCAGCGCCACAGACCUGCUGGAGCACCCCUUCCUGCUGCAGAGCGGCUCCCCGCAGUGCCUGGUGCCCCUGGUGGAGCAGUACCGCAAGCGCAUGUCCCGCUGCUGAUGACGACAGCUCCCCGUUCCAGGUCCCAACCCGACCCCACCCACCCACUCCACCUGGAAACCCCCCCCGACCCUAAGGCCUGAACGGGGGUCUGAACCCCUGGUCCAGGCCCUUAACAGGACCACAAGGAGACCUGGGGAAGAGAUCCGAAUGGGCUUGUGGUCCUAAGGGAGAGAAAAGCACUUUAGUGGGGGUGGUCAUGAUGAAGCAUGCAAUGCAAGACAGUAGCCUAUUGCACCUGUCUGCCCGGCCGGUACAGUGGACCCCGGGUGACCCUGGGAGUGCACUCCUUCCUCCUCCAAGGCGUCUAUGGUGCGUAUAAUCAAACACCAUCCGUAUGCGAAAUACGGAAAAGAGAAGAAAAGAGUAGGCCGUGUGACGCUACUCAAAGAGAACAUUGUAGAGCCAAGCUCUUAAGUCUUAGUCGUGAGUGGGAACAGUCUGUUACUAGUAAGUCGUCUCCCCACUCCCAGAGGGACCUUGUAGUAGAGGCAUUAUGACUAUUAGUUCACCACCUCUGCCCACGCACUCUGUGUGCGUGCGCGUGCGUGCGUGCGUGCGUGCGUGCGUGCGUGUGUGUGUGUGUGUGUGUGUGUGUGUGUGUGUGUGUGUGUGUGUGUGUGUGUGUGUGUGUGUGUGUGUGUGUGUGUACGAGUGUUCGUGGAGAACUUGAACACAGGUGUGUCAGGGUGCCCUCUCUCACCACAGAGGCUGGGGGGGAAACAGACCCUCUUUGCAUGGCCAGAAUAGAGGGCACACCUGGCCUGGAUGUAAAAUGCUUGAAUCAGUGCGACACUACUGGGACAUUAGAGAGCCAGGCUCCUCUAUUUACCAUAAUGAAUCGGUAGAGAUGGACACCCAGCUGCUGCCACGAGGCAACUGGACAAAAUGAAUCCUAUCCCUUCCUUUAAUAUUUAUUGUUAUUAUUCUUCUAAUCUUAUUAUCGUUAUUCUUUUUCAGAGGAUGUGCGUCACGGUUUGUUUGUCUGGCGUGCGUUUGCAACGUAGGGUUUUCAUUUUCAAUGUAUGGACUUAUGGACGUAGCAGAAUACCUUGAAUAGAAACACUGUACAAUGACACCCUGAUGAAGAUUGAUGAUUGAUGAUGUAGUGAGUUCAGUCGGAUGAACUUCACGUUUUUUUCAGAUUUUAGAAUUGAUGAGGUGUGCGUGUGUGUGUGCGGCAUGUGUGGUUGAGUGUGAGCAUGGAUGUGCGCUUGCUCCUCAACCUUCGCUUGUGAUGUCCUACUCUUUGUUGUCACUGACUUUUUACAAACCACAGGAUGUGUGUGUGUGUGCGUGUAUGUGUGUGCGUGCGACUAUGUGUGUUUGUGCGCGCGACUGUGCGUGUGUGCGUGCGUUUCUCCCUAGGGGUGUGUAUGAGUGUAUUUGCAUCGGUUUGCCUAGAUGAAGCACAUAGGCUUUGCGUGUGAUGCUGCAGGAACGUCCACCAGCUGAGACACUUUGCACAUGGUCUUUCUAUAUUCCCAACACACGGAUACACGUCAACACCUUUCAUGGAUUUGUAUUUCUAUGUGAACCCUUCAUACGAAAAAGAAAAAAAGAGAGACUUACACAUUAUUUUAAUUUUGUACGAACCAAUAAAUGAUGCAUAUUGAAGCUUGCGUGGCCGCUUU